AUGAAGCUCUUCUCUAUUGCUUUGGCCCUUGCCGCUGCCUCUGUUGCCCAGGCUGCUGCCGUCCCGGCUGCCGACGCUGCCCCGGCUGCUGCGCCUGAUGCCAAGUACAAGUUCGGGGGUUCAUGGUGCUACCACCCUGGACAACCUUGCUACAUGAUGAAGCGUACUGUGGAUGCUGUGGAUGAAUUCAAGCGCUCUGCUGAGGCUAUGGCCGCUGCCAUGGCUGAACUGCAGGAUGAGUAG